GCACGUUUUCGCCCUGGCAGAGUGCCUGGUCGGCGCGUACGGAGGAGCGACGAACAUGGAUCUGUCGUUUAUGGCCGCGCAGAUCCCAGUGAUGACGGGGGCCUUCAUGGACUCCUCCCCGAACGAUGACUACAGCGGAGAACACUCUCUCUUCAACUCUUCGGCUAACGUCCACGCAGCUGCCGCCGCAGCGUCAGCACAGAGCCAGCAGGAGGAGCAGCAGAGCAUGUCCUCCGACGCCAUCUGGCUGUGGAUCGCCAUCAUCGCAACCAUCGGCAACAUCGUGGUGGUGGGCGUGGUCUAUGCCUGCACCUUCUGAUACAUAGGCCCGCCCCUAAACAAGGACCAUGGACAAACAGGGUGAUCGAAUGAGGGAUGGACU